UUGCUUCCCGCUUUGUAUGUAUAAAAACCACUCCUCUCCUUCCUCUGAACGCACACAACCAUUCCAACACAGAGCUUCUCAAUACAUCAACAAUGGAGUCUCACCGGCGAUUCUCCUUUGUAUCCUUCAUCGUCCUAGUUGCUUACUUCGCUUUUCUUGCUUCAGCAGAACUUCACGUCCGUGAAUUUGUGAUCGAGCCAAAACCAGUGAAGAGGCUGUGCAGAACUCACCAAAGUAUCACGGUGAAUGGUCAGUUCCCUGGUCCAACGCUCGAGGUCAGGAACGGUGACUCUCUAGCAAUCACUGUAAUCAACAGAGCUCGUUACAACAUUAGCAUUCACUGGCAUGGAAUCAGACAGCUGAGGAAUCCGUGGGCGGAUGGUCCAGAGUACAUAACACAGUGUCCGAUCCGUCCAGGUCAAAGCUAUACCUACAGAUUCACAAUCGAAGACCAAGAAGGUACUCUUUGGUGGCAUGCUCAUAGCCGCUGGCUUAGAGCCACCGUCUACGGUGCUCUUAUCAUUUACCCUCGUCUCGGUUCUCCUUAUCCCUUCUCUAUGCCUAAACGUGACAUACCAAUUCUUCUCGGGGAAUGGUGGGAUAGAAACCCAAUGGACGUUUUGAGGCAAGCACAAUUCACCGGAGCAGCAGCUAAUGUCUCUGACGCUUACACAAUCAACGGACAACCAGGCGAUCUAUACCGAUGUUCACGGGCUGAAACAGUCCGUUUCCCAAUUUUCCCUGGUGAGACGGUCCAGCUCCGUGUCAUCAACGCUGGAUUGAACCAAGAGCUCUUCUUCUCAGUCGCCAACCAUCAGCUCACAGUUGUUGAAACAGAUUCCGCCUACACAAAACCAUUCACCACUAAUGUCAUCAUGAUCGGUCCCGGCCAAACCACUAACGUCCUCCUCACGGCAAACCAGCGACCCGGCCGCUACUACAUGGCAGCUCGUGCCUACAACAGCGCAAACGCUUUCGAUAACACAACCACAACUGCUAUCUUGGAGUACAUCAAUGCUCCAACUCGACGUGGCCGUGGCCGUGGUCAAAUCGCCCCAGUUUUCCCGGUUCUACCGGGAUUCAAUGACACUGCAACCGCAAGCGCUUUCACCAACCGUCUGCGGUACUGGAAACGAGCUCCAGUACCGCUUCAGGUGGACGAGAGCCUCUUUUUCACUGUCGGGUUGGGGCUAACCAACUGCUCCAACCCCAACAGUCCGCGUUGCCAGGGUCCAAACGGAACCCGGUUUGCGGCCAGCAUAAACAACCAGUCCUUUGUGCUACCACGGAGAAACUCCAUCAUGCAAGCUUAUUACCAAGGCAUGCCUGGUAUCUUCACGACUGACUUCCCACCCGUUCCACCAGUCCAGUUUGAUUACACCGGUAACGUUAGCCGUGGCCUAUGGCAACCCGUGAAAGGAACGAAAGCUUACAAGCUUAAGUACAGAGCUAAUGUGCAGAUUGUUUUACAAGACACGAGCAUUGUCACGACUGAGAAUCAUCCCAUGCAUCUUCACGGGUACCAAUUCUAUGUUGUCGGGUCUGGUUUUGGGAAUUUUAACCCGAGAACUGACCCCGCUCGGUUUAACCUGUAUGACCCACCGGAGAGAAACACCGUUGGUACACCUCCAGGAGGUUGGGUUGCAAUCCGGUUCGUUGCUGAUAAUCCAGGAGCAUGGUUUAUGCAUUGUCACAUUGAUUCACAUUUGGGAUGGGGUUUAGCGAUGGUUUUCUUGGUUGAGAACGGAAGAGGACAGUUGCAAUCUGUGCAGGCUCCACCUUUGGAUCUUCCAAGAUGCUAAUAUUUAAAUCUCUAAGGAUUUUGUGGGGUUUUGUUUUGUUUUUAUUUUAAUCAAAAAAAAGCUCUGAGGGUCUUUGUUUGUUAUGUGUUGUUGCUGAAGAUCAACAACUGCUAUAUUGAAAGUUGUUCAUCUUUUUGGUUUCCAUGUUCUCUUGCUUGUUAUUUUCCACGUUAUAUAGAGAAAGUCAUCAUUUUCAAAUAUUAAAAAGUAACAAAUGAAAGCUUAUGUUUCAACUUUGUAA